CAUUUUGUGUUUGUCCUCCAGCCAUGCAGCAGGUGCUGGAUAACCUGAGAGACCUGCCUCCCACCACGGGGGCCAAAGACAUCGACCUCCUCUUCCUCAGGGGAAUCAUAGAGAGCCCCAUAGUCCGCUCCCUUGCCAAGGCCCAUGAGAGGCUGGCGGAGGUGAAGCUGGAGGCUGUGAGAGACAACAACCAGCAGCUGGUCUCAGAGAUCCUAGACUCCCUCACAAGACUGAGUAGUAGAGACGCCUCCGCUGAGGAACUAGCCAACAUCCUCCAGGAACCACACUUCAAGUCUCUGAUUGAGGCCCAUGACAAGGUGGCAGCUAAAUGUUAUGAGAUGCCGUCGUCGGAGGUGAACAGUAAUGCCAUGGCGACCGGCCCGCUCGUGCCCGCUGACGCCGUCAGGAUGAUUGGCAUUCAGAAGAAGGCUGGCGAACCACUGGGCGUGACGUUCAGGGUGGAACGCGGGGAGCUGGUGAUCGCCAGGAUCCUGCACGGCAGUAUGAUUGACCGGCAGGGCAUGCUGCACGCGGGCGACGUCAUCAGGGAGGUGAACGGGCGCGAGGUGGGCAGCGAUCCCAAGGAGCUGUUGGAGCUGCUGAGGGACUGCCAGGGGGGCAUCACCCUCAAGAUCCUGCCCAGCUACCGCGACACUCCAGCACCCUCACAGGUGAGAACAGGGUCAUAUUUAUUAGUUGAACCGUAGUAAAAUGUUUUGCAA